GGGAGGAGGCGGCCCCGCUCCAAGAUGGCGGUGCGGAAGAAGGACGGCGGCCCCAACGUGAAGUACUACGAGGCCUCGGACACCGUGAGCCAGUUCGACAACGUCCGGCUGUGGCUGGGCAAGAACUACAAGAAGUACAUCCAGGCCGAGCCCCCCACCAACAAGUCCCUGUCGAGCCUCGUGGUGCAGCUGCUGCAGUUCCAGGAGGAGGUGUUCGGGAAGCACGUCAGCAACGCGCCGCUCACCAAGCUCCCGAUCAAAUGCUUCCUGGACUUCAAGGCGGGGGGGUCCCUGUGCCACAUCCUGGCCGCUGCCUACAAGUUCAAGAGCGACCAAGGCUGGCGGCGUUUCGAUUUCCAGAACCCGUCGCGCAUGGACCGCAACGUGGAGAUGUUCAUGACCAUCGAGAAGAGCCUGGUGCAGAACAACUGCCUGGCCCGGCCCAACAUCUUCCUGCAGCAGGAGCUGGAGCCCAAGCUGCUGAGCAAGCUCAAGGACAUCGUCAAGCGGCACCAGGGCACCGUGACCGAGGACAAGAGCAGCGCCUCCCACAUCGUGUGCCCCGUGCCCGGGAACCUGGAGGAGGAGGAGUGGGUCCGGCCCGUGAUGAAGCGCGACAAACAGGUCCUGCUGCACUGGGGCUAUUACCCUGACAGCUACGACACCUGGAUCCCCGCCAGCGAAAUCGAAGCCUCCGUUGAGGAUGCUCCGACCCCGGAGAAGCCCCGGAAGGUCCAUGCCAAGUGGAUCCUGGACACGGACACCUUCAAUGAGUGGAUGAAUGAGGAGGACUACGAGGUGCAGGACGAGAAGAGCCCCGGCGCCCGCAGGAAGAAGAUCUCAGCCAAGACCCUGACGGAUGAGGUGAACAGCCCCGACUCGGACCGCAGGGACAAGAAGGGGGGCAACUACAAGAAGCGCAAGCGCUCGCCCUCGCCCACCCCCGAGGCCAAGAAGAAGAACGCGAAGAAGGGCCCCUCCACCCCUUACACCAAGUCCAAGCGGGGGCACCGCGAGGAGGAGCAGGAGGAUCUGACCAAGGACAUGGACGAGCCCUCGCCCGUGCCCAACGUGGAGGAGGUCACCCUGCCCAAGACAGUGAACACCAAGAAGGACUCGGAGUCUGCGCCCGUCAAGGGGGGGACCAUGACAGACCUGGAUGAGCAGGAGGAUGAGAGCAUGGAGACGGCCGGGAAGGACGAGGAGGAGAACGGCACCGGGAGCAAGGGGGAGCAGGCCAAGAACCCGGAGCUGCACGAGGACAACGUGACGGAGCAGACCCAUCACAUCAUCAUCCCCAGCUACGCCGCCUGGUUCGACUACAACAGCGUCCACGCCAUCGAGCGCCGAGCCCUGCCUGAGUUCUUCAAUGGGAAGAACAAAUCCAAGACCCCGGAGAUUUACCUGGCCUACCGGAACUUCAUGAUCGACACGUACCGCCUCAACCCGCAGGAGUACCUCACCUCCACCGCCUGCCGCCGCAACCUGGCCGGCGACGUCUGCGCCAUCAUGCGGGUCCACGCCUUCCUGGAGCAGUGGGGCCUCAUCAACUACCAAGUGGACGCCGAGAGCCGGCCCACCCCCAUGGGGCCGCCCCCCACCUCCCACUUCCACGUCCUGGCUGACACCCCCUCGGGGCUGGUGCCGCUGCAGCCCAAGACCCCCCAGGGCCGGCAGAGCGACGGCGAGGCCAAGACCGGGCGCAAGAGCAAAGACCUGGAGGAGCUGGGCCCGGAGCCCACCAAGGGGAAGCCGGAGCUGCAGAGCGCGGCCGCGCAGCAGAUGCUCAACUUCCCCGACAAGGGCAAGGAGAAGCCGGCGGAGCUGCAGAACUUCGGGCUCCGCACGGACAUGUACAGCAAGAGGAACGUCCCUGCCAAGAGCAAAGCGGCCGCCAGCGCCACGCGGGAGUGGACGGAGCAGGAGACGCUGCUGCUGCUGGAGGCGCUGGAGAUGUACAAGGACGACUGGAACAAGGUGUCGGAGCACGUGGGCAGCCGCACGCAGGACGAGUGCAUCCUGCACUUCCUGCGCCUGCCCAUCGAGGACCCGUACCUGGAGGACUCGGAGGCGUCGCUGGGGCCCUUGGCCUUCCAGCCCAUCCCCUUCAGCCAGUCCGGGAACCCCGUCAUGAGCACCGUGGCCUUCCUGGCCUCCGUCGUGGACCCCCGCGUGGCCUCCGCCGCCGCCAAGUCCGCGCUGGAGGAGUUCUCCAGGAUGAAGGAGGAGGUGCCCACGGCGCUGGUGGAGGCCCACGUGCGCAAGGUGGAGGAGGCGGCCAAGGUGACCGGCAAGGCUGACCCGGCCUUCGGCCUCGAGAGCAGCGGCAUCGCCGGCACCGCCGCCGAGGAGCCCGAGCGUGGGGAGGAGAGCGGUGCUGAGGAGGCACGGGCAGAGGCGCAGCCGGCGGAGGAGAAGAAGGAGGCGAAGGAGCCCCGCGAUGGAGCCCCCGAGGAGGAGGUGAAGGAGAAGCCGGGGGAGGCCCCCAAGAAGGAGGAGGAGAAGGGGAAGGAGGCGGAGGGCGAGAAGGAGCCGGACAAGGGCGAUGCUGACGGCGCAGGGGAGCCCGAGAAGGAGAAGGAGCCCAAGGAGGGCCCCGAGGAGGGCCCCAAGGAGCAAGCGGAGCCCGAAGGCGAGCGCAAGGCCAAGGUGGAGCGGGACAUCGGCGAGGGGAACCUGUCCACGGCGGCCGCCGCCGCGCUGGCUGCUGCCGCGGUGAAGGCCAAGCACCUGGCGGCCGUGGAGGAGCGCAAGAUCAAGUCCUUGGUGGCGCUGCUGGUGGAGACGCAGAUGAAGAAGCUGGAGAUCAAACUGCGGCACUUCGAGGAGCUCGAGACCAUCAUGGACCGCGAGCGCGAGGCCCUGGAAUACCAGCGGCAGCAGCUGCUGGCCGACCGGCAGGCCUUCCACAUGGAGCAGCUCAAGUACGCCGAGAUGCGGGCGCGCCAGCAGCACUUCCAGCACCUGCAGCAGCAGCAGCAGCAGCCGCCGCCGCCGCUGCCCCCCGGAGCCCCCCAGCCCCUGCCCGGCCCCACCGGAGCCCCCAUGGCCCCCACCGCGCACCCGCUGGCGGCACCGCCCGCGCCCACCAUGGUGGCACCCGCUGAGCCCGCGCUGCCCGGCGGCCCCCCCCAACAGGCACUGGCACCCCACG